AUGAGCGGCUUGACAGCAUUCCUCCAAACGGAGCUAUUGACAUUAUCCAGCGAAGCACGUCGAAAGCAUCCAGAGAUAAAAGAAGCUGCGGAACGACUCUCUGCCAUAUUAAGAAGCUUCAAGGAACGACCAGGUUAUAAUAUUGCAAAUGAGUUAUCAAAGUCCGAGGAUGCAUUACGUCCCUUUGUAUUGGCAUGCGAGACAAAGCAGGUCAAGCUGGUCACGAUAGCCAUUGGAUGCAUUCAAAAACUUAUAUCCUUUCAUGCCAUCCCAGAGACAUCAGUGAGGACGAUUCUACGCAAAUUGACCGAUAUCAGUGUACAUGGUGUUGAAAUCCAACUCAAAAUCUUGCAAACGGUGUUGCCUCUUUUGACCAAUUAUCGCAGCGUCCAUGAUGACAUAUUAGCAGAGGCUCUUUUGAUUUGUUUUCGGUUACAAGAUUCCAAGAUCGUUGUUGUCAAUAAUACGGCUGCUGCAACACUACGUCAACUUGUCAUUUUCGUCUUUGACAAAGUCGCCAAAGAAGAUGAGCAGGAACCCGAAGAGGAUGAAGUUACACAUGACAUCCAGUUGAGCUCGGGUGACACCAUCACUUUACGUCCAUGCGCCAAAGAUGCCUACUAUCUCUUUCAAGAUCUAUGCUUAUUGACCAACAGCGAGUCGCCCGAAUUCUUACGAUUGACACAAUUAUCAAAGACCUUUGGAUUGGAGCUGAUUGAAAGUGUAUUGACCAAUCAUUAUAUGCUUUUUCGAACACACAAGGAGCUCAGUUCAUUGUUACGAGAACGUGUUUGCCCAUUGAUUAUCAAGAACUUUUCCGAAAAGCACGAGUUUCCACAAACCAUGCGACUCACUCGUGUUGUAUAUAUUCUCAUCAAGCAAUUCAGUGAAAUUUUGAUUAUGGAAUGUGAGAUAUUCCUAUCCAUGUUUGUCAAGAUAUUGGAACCUGAAAGUCCUCUUUGGCAACGUGUUCUUGCAAUGGAAAUCUUUCGUGGUGUAUGCGGUGAUCCAUCACUCCUUCGAUCGUUAUACCAAUGGUAUGAUUGCCAAGAUAGCUCCACCGAUGUAUUUCGUGAUAUGAUUACUGGAUUUGGUCGACUUGCCACCGAGAAACCACAAUUGAUUGGAGCAACACAAGGUGGAAGGGAUAGCAUGGAUCAUGGAUCAGGAUCAGGCAACUAUACAGCGCAUCAUGCAGGAACGGCUUCCUUUUCAGGUGGUGAACAAACAAGUCCUAAUUUGAGUACAGCGGGGUCAACCAUGCGGAUACAAUGUAUCGACCAAUUGGAUAAGGCUGAGCCACCUGCCAUACCCGAGACAUAUAUAUUUUAUCUUGCUGUUGUAUGCCUGAAUGCCAUUGCGGAUGGAUUAGCUGGUUUAGUACUACCACGAUUUGCAGCCGGCAGCACACGUACAUUAAGUACAUCCACUCGAUCGACUACAAACGAAUCACCCAAUACAGAACAACAACAACAACAACAACAAUCAUCAACAUCAGAGUCCAACGAGUCAACGACCGGCAAAAAGGAUUUGGAGGUGGUUACGGAGAUGUCGAAUGUUGCUUGGCCUGGUCUCUUAGCAGCAAUGUCGUUCUACUUGUCAGCAAAUUUGGAUGAGGAGCUAUUUCAAAGCACGAUGCGAUCUUACCAGAACUUUACCAAUGUGUGCGGUGUUCUUGGUCUUGUUGUUCCACGUGAUGCAUUCCUCACCAACCUUUGUAAGAAUGCCAUUCCAGCCAAUCCAGUCCUUUCAUCAGGUCUACUUUCCAACAAAAAUACGGGUAGCACUACCAGCAUUGCAACAGUAUCGACAUCCACAGUCGCCGUAUCUUAUUCAGAUUUACCAGCACAACAACAACAAGUAUUGAGCAACAUUGUCUUGAGCGAUAAGAACUUGUACAGCCUACGUGUGCUUUUGAACAUCACCAUGUUCCUUGGGGGAGUGCUUGGACCAUCGUGGUACUUGGUGCUAGAGACUUUGCAACAAGCCGACUUUUUACUCUUCAAUCGGCCAAGUCCAAAAGGCUCUGGAAGUGGAUCAGCUUCAACAAUAGGCGUCCCACCCAUACGUCGAACAUUGUCGGGCACAGCACAAUCAUCCACUUCAAUCAACACAUUAACAAGCCAACAAAGUUCUGGCUCAGGUGCAACAAAUCAACUUAUGGACGCUGACCAUGUUGGGAUUAUUCAUGGCUCAUUGACACGAUUAUUUGAGAAUGCAAAGUUCCUUGAUGAUGUUGCUUUCAUCGCCUUCGCUACUGCCCUAUGUCGAUUAAGCGCUGAAGCAAGUGGUUUACCUAUUGGAGAAGAAGAAACAUCAUCCACCAAUAAAUCAGCACGAGCAAAAAUAUUCAACAAGACAUCCUUUGCAGUGGAGAAGUUGCGAUAUAUUGCUAUUCUUGACAUGGAUCGUUUAAUCAGCGCUGACAAGGAUUGUGGAGCGUGGGAUUUGAUAACAACACAUUUGAUCGCCACAGCCAACUUUGCUGGUACACCGGAUAGCAUCCGUACACAAUGUUGCGAAUCGAUUGCGGAUAUCAUCACCACUGCUAUGGAAUGCAGCCUAUCAGAAGAAAAGGAGCCUGAUGAGAAUCUUCAAACACGACUCCUAAAGGCGUUGAAUCAAUGCAUCAACUAUACCCCACCUAAAGAUAACGAUUCAGAAAAGAGCUACAGCACUCAAAAAGCAUUUCCAGAGGUGCAACGUAUGGGAUUGGAAACGCUCAACAAGCUUUUGCAAACCUCGGGCCAGUCAUUUACAUGCGGCUGGAGCCUUAUAUUUGAGAUGGUCAAGCAUGUAACCACGGUGGCGUCCAGCACGGCAACGAAUCAGGAAAACAAUGAUGAGGAUACCGAAUCGCAUAUCGAGGAAGAGAGUAAAGCGGAAGGACGAUCCAGCAUUGAUACAACAACAUCUUCUUUACGUACAAACAACAAUACGAGUGUCACCAAAGCGGCAGGUGGUUUGAUUAAGGUUGCCUUUGCCAGUCUCCAAUUGAUUUGUACCGAUUUUCUCGCCCUCUUGUCACCUGAUUGCUUACGGCAAUGUAUUGCUACAUUGGGCGCUUUUGGGAUGCAAAACGAAGAUAUCAACAUAAGUUUGACAGCUGUUGGAUUGCUUUGGAAUUUAUCAGACUUCAUCCAGACCAAGCGGUUGGACCUAGUCAAAUCAGGACAACAGGAGGAGGAGCCUAGCAACCAAAUCAUCACCAAAGAAUCACUCAGCAUUGAUCAAACGCUCGAUGGAGAGGAAACGCCGGCCGUACUAAGUAUUUUGUGGAUGCUUUUACUUUUGCAACUAUCACACAUUUGCACCGAUCCACGCCCUGAAGUACGCCAUGGUGCCAACCAGACGCUUUUCCGCACGAUCAUGUUGAACGGCAAUGUUCUCAGUGCCAAUUUAUGGAGUGCUUGUAUUUGGGAGGUUUUAUUUCCAUUACUGGAUACUACCAAGAUGUCCUCUAUUCGUGCUAUCAAGAUGAUGCAAGCGCAAUCCGCUCGAUCCCCUUCACUCUCACCUUCUGCCGAUCGAGAUGCAUCCGGCUUCUUGUUACAUCAUUCUCGAGAUACGGCUGAUAAGCAAUGGGAUGAAACGAAGGUGUUGGUAUUGAAUGGCAUUUCGGGGAUAUUCCGUGAUUUCCUUAGGAAGCUUUAUACAUUACCUCGAUUUGAUCGUGCUUGGUCUCUCUUACUUGCUCACUUGGAAGACUCGUGCCUACGUUCCAGCCAAGAAGUUUCACUCGCCAGUGUCAAGAGCUUCCGAAACAUCGUUGGACAACAACCCGAUUGUGGAUCACAAGAAACGGUGAUUGAGCUAUGGGAAAAGGCUUGGUUAUCAUGGCUAGCUAUUGGUGAAAGCAUCAUUGAUCAAGGGGAAAAGGAAAAGUCGCGAGUAGAAGAACGCCUCAAGCAGCUUGAUUCUGAUUUGCAUUCGCUCACCUUGUCGCUCUCUUCCUCAAGUGCACCUGCUAUCUCGGAUGACUUUUCUCAAGACAUGCUCACCUCUUUUGUUUCCAUGUUUACCGAUUUGUAUAAUGUCAUUUCCUCUCGCUUUGAGCUACGCGACGUUGAGAACCUCUUGAUCGUGCUAAAGAAUCUCUUGGUGUAUUCGACGAGCCCACAAUAUCGACCCGAUAUCGAUCAUUUAUCACCGCUCCAAGACGCUGUAUUGAACGUGAUUCAGAAUCUCGACAAGAGCGUACCUGGCAUACCACCCUUGGUGCUACGUGAUUUAUCAGAAUACAUGACCCUCGCAUUUUUGGGCCCACAGCAAGAAAAGUCCAAUACGCCUCCUAGCCAACGACGCUAUACAAGUGUUACGUAUAUCGCACUCAACAAGAAAUCCAGCAAAAUGGCUAUCGAUUUAUUCAAAGAUCAUGUUGACAAUCUCUCGUUGUAUUCGGAAGGUGUUUUUGAACGUAUUAUUGGCGCGUUUGGUUUACCGAUGAAACUCAAAUAUGAUUGCCCACCUUCUUACAAGCAUGGCGAAGACAAGACUACAUUGUGGAAGCUGGCAACAACGGGGUUACUUGAUAUCAUGCGUAUGGGUCUUGAAAAGCUACAUGCCUUUGAUGAAGAGGUUCCAUUGGAGCGAUUUGUGGGCGUAUGGCGGACACUUGUUGACGUUUUGCAUGGAAGUCUUUUAUCACCAAGCACUCCUCCUUCAACCAUGACGAUCGAAGAAUUAGACGUCGACGAGCAUUUCGAUAUUUCACUUUUGAGCGUGAUACAAAGCGAUAUUGUGAUCUUUAUCGGAGAACCUCGUGUACCUGAUGAUAUCAUUGAACGACUUGUCGACAUUUUACGAGAGAGUUCAAGGCUAUACUACGUUGAUGAGAGUCAUUCACAUCGUCAAGAAACGGAGGGUGAACUUGCAACAAAAGAACUGGCAAUUGAAGAAGAAAAUGGUACCAAGAACGCCAGCGAUCGCUCAAGUGAUAUUGUUGGUACCACCGGCACCAUUGUACCUGUCAUGAAAGAAUCAUUUGCUUAUGCAGCACUCAAGACGCUCUUUGCUCUUUGUUCAUCCGAUAAACAAGAUUAUAUCAAGGUCAGGCAGCGAAUUGGGCGUGCUACUAUACCAGUGUUAUUGGAACGGUGUGAGACCAUCCUACGCAAUUACACAGCCGAUGAGCCACUGCUGGGUCGCUGUCCGUUCCCAAGGUACUUGAUGGGGGUUCGCAAGGAAGAGAUGCUGUUUUUCUUACGACAAUCGAUUGAAUUGAAGCUGCAACUCGAUAUUUUGGGAUAUAAGGAUGAGCAAGGUUCAGCAAAACAGCUGCUUUUGUCAGGCCCUCGUGGUCACUUGUUCUAUUUGUACCCAACAUUGUGUCAAAUGAUUACCUGCGACGACUCCACAGUGGUAGCAUUGAUUCGUGAUUGUCUACAAGUUGCCGGUGCCGAGAUUGGAUUGACAUCGCUAUAA